AUGUCGCUGGUAGACGCGCCGUCGUCUCCUCCUCGUCCUCUCCCGGCGAGCUCGCCAGAACCCGUUGUUGUUGGUGGCGCCGCUGCUGCCGACGAUCCCCAUCAGAUCAUCGAGACAAGCGUUCCGGUCGCAUCCACCACGAAGACGUUGACUCCGGCCCCGAACGGAAAGACUCCAACGCCCUUACCCGUCAGCCAACGCGUCGAACAGCCGGUAGCGGAGCCGUCUCCAUCGAUGGCGCCGCCCGCCGCAUCAAGCACACCCUCCACCCCGGCAGAGUCAGAGGCCGCGCCCCUCACCGCCACCCCAGAACCCGUACCAGCUGCGGUAGAUACCGGUUCCGCCGGAGCGGGUGAGGAGGUUGUUGACAAUCCCGCGGACGCCCUGGGCAGCAUGAGCGAGUUGAACGAAGCGCUGCCGACAGCGACGACUACGACAGAGGGGGUAGUGGGUGGUGAUGCCGUGAAAGCUGCGCCGCCGCCGCCGGUCGCGGCCGCGGCCGCGGCCGCGGCGGGGGGCGAGCAGGCAGAAGGAGAAUACGGUGACGCAGAAUCUGUGGGGGAAGAGGCAUCGACGAACAGCCUGAAGGACGACCCGGGAACGCCGGAGGAGUGCAACCUCUUCGUCGGUGACCUGGCGAGAAACCUCACGGAGGAGAAGCUCGAGAAGGCCUUCGAACAACACGGGAGGGUGAUGUCGGUGUCGAUCAAGCGCGAUCGAGCCACUGGCAAGAACCUGGGGUACGGCUUCGUCAAGCUGUCGUCGCACCAGGAGGCGAGAGCUGCCAAAGAGGCCAUGCAGGGCGUCGAACUGGGCGGCCGGCGCGUGCGAGUGGGCUGGGCGCAGAAGAACACGUCCCUGUACGUCGGCGGACUGGAGGGCGGCGCGAUCACCACCGAGAUGCUCGUCCGCGAGUUCGCCCGCUUCGGUCCCCUCGACAAGGAGCUCACCACUAUCAAACCCGGGGCGAAGUUCGGGUUCGUGAAGUACCGCUACCGCCUCCACGCCGAGGCGGCGAAGAAGGAGCUUAACGAGCGCCCGGCGUUCGAUGGCCUCUGCCCCAGCCUUGAGAUCGAGUGGAACAGCGUCGAGUCCAGCGCUCAAGCCUCCGAGACGGCCGGGUCGGAAAAGAGCACCGCCGAAGAACAGACCACCGGCGGCGGCGGCGGCGGCGGCGGCGGCGGUGGCAAAGAGGGAGGGACAGGAGGGCGAGCAAGGGGGUCGUCGCAGCACGCCGGGGGUGGAGGGGGAGCACACUCCCGUCACCCCCGCGGGGAGGUCUCUAGCCACACCGUCCACGUGCAGUUCGAGGGCGACCAGGGCCACGUGUCCGCCGUCAACGAGGUGAUGAUCAGAAAGUGCUUCACCAAGUGGGAGCCCGUGGUGGACAUCGUCAUCCCCGCGAGCCGGUUCAACGGCGUGUCCCCCGGCCCACGGCAGCUCCCGAGAUGUUGGGCCUUCGUCCACUUCCCGCCUACGCCGGACGGGGAGCGCGCGGCGGCCGACGCCAUCAAGGGCCUCAACGGCACCACCAUCUCGGAGCUCAGGGUGCACUGCACCAUGAGCCGCGGCGGCAGCACCCGUGCCGGUAGCCCCUGGCGCAAGCAGGGCGGUGGCGGCGGUGGCGGCAACAGAGCGAGGAGGCACAGCACCGGUGGAGGCGGUGGAGACCGAGCCAUGGGCCACGCUGGCGGCGGACAAGGCUUCGGCGGUAGGCCUUCGAGGUCUUCCCUCGACCACCCCGGGGCACAGCAAGGGCGGAGCGGCGGAUGGGGCGGACAAAUGUACCAGCUUCCCCAGCAGCAGCACAUGCCCAGCGGCGGCGCGGCGGCUGGCGAGCAGCAGCAGGGCGGCCCUUCGGUGAUAGACCCGACGACUACAACCGUAGGCGGCGGUGGGGUGAUCGAAGUCAACAAGAAGCAGCAGCACGGGGGCGGCGUCCAGUAA